AUGUCUUUACCCCUGGAAGAAAUCCGGGGUCACCCGGCCUGGUCCACCGUGAUCGAAUUGCAGACUCCGAACUGGCAGGGUGUUGCUCCCGUCGCGAAAAACAGGUCUGGCGGGCCGAUCAAUAUUGCCUAUGAAGUUCACGGCACAGGCCCAAUUCAUACUGUGGUACGUCUACCGCGCUCGACCAUGUUUCCUGGUCAUGAGCAUAAAGACAAAUAUACGUCAUUGGUCUUUGAUAAUCGAGGGGUCGGGAAUAGCGACAAGCCCUAUGCCAGAUACUCCACGUCCGAAAUGGCGAAGGAUGUAAUCGACCUUCUACAGCACGUGGGAUGGACUGAUCCGAACCAGCUGCAUGUGAUAGGAGUAUCUAUGGGGGGAAUGAUUGCUCAGGAACUGGCUUUCCUAAUACCGGAACGAAUCGCCUCUCUAUGCUUGCAGAGCACAGCAGCCUGCCUUGUCAACUCAAUCCCAUGGUAUAAGCAUCUAUAUCGCCGCGCGUACAUGCUGCUGCCCAAAUCACUGCCUGCCCGCCUCGCAGCCACCCAGGAAAACAUCUUUGCAGCGGCUUGGCUGAAAGCCCCCGACGACCUCGGCCUUUUCCCGACCAACAGCGACAGGUACGUGGCGGAAGAGCUGUGGCGCGUGGAAAACCUCCCGCCGCCCGUCUACCAGGGCUUCCUCCUCCAGGGCCUCGCGGUCUCUUGGCACUAUAUGGGCCCCGAGCGGCUGAAAGUGCUUGGGGGGCGGAUCAGGCACAUCCUUGUCUGCACCGGCGACUUGGACGCCAUGAUUGAGUGCAAGCAUUCCGACGUGCUCGUCCGGGGCAUCAGCGCUGGGGGCAGGGUCACGAAGAGGGUCUUCGAGGGCUCCGGACAUGCGCUCCAUUUCGAGUGUGCCAGGGAGUAUAAUUGUAUGAUUGAGGAGUUUGUCACGGCAGCUCAUGAAGAUGGGAAGGGGGCUACUAUUAACCGGUGGGUAUGAAGCGGGGCUGGGUUUUUUUUUGUUUUUUUUUGUUUUGUUUUUGGAAUGGCGUUUCUUUCCCUGCUCCAGAAGAGGGAGCGGGGGGGGGAAGGGGAAGUGGGGCGUGCGGGGCUAACUCUUGGAUUCCUUUUCGCUUAUGAUAAUAUAGUAACUUAAAUACCACACUUUUUUGUUUCCAAUCGAA